AUGAAACUCUUCCUCAGCAUCUGCGAGUUUCUGUACAUCAGAUGGCGUGUGUUCAGAGUGGUUUCCACUUCUACAAUUGACCCAGACGCGGAUUCAUUGCUCUCCUCGUCAUUUGAAGCUGAAAGAAAAGUAUACCGCCAAUUCAUGAAUUAUGGUACAACCGAUGAAACUAUUCCUGGGCAUAUAUUUCUAUCUAAUAGUGCAUCUUAUGUGAGUAAACCUAUUGUCGUUCGGGAAUUAUAUUAUUCUGAUUUCGAGUAUGCCAUUGAACCCGACAACCUAUGUCAACUAUCUAAACCAAGUUCUCUAUUUGGAAGUGACGAAUACAAUGGUCAAGAGCAAAGUGAAGUUUUAGAAGAGAGUGAUUUAUAUUCUGAUACUUGUUCGCUUAUUGAUGAGGAGACAAACUCUUGUCGGUUGUAUGAACGCUGGAUGAGUCGUGGUGUACGAUCAAAACCGAGACGUCUUUUACCGAGAACUCCUACAGAUCCAUCGGUACAGCAAGCUCUAUCAUUUGUUCAAACAGACAGCCAAGGUUCUUUGUUCGACAAUCUUUUUAACUUGGCAAGCAGAGGAUCGGAAGGGAUGACUUACCCUGAAGAACAACGUCAAAUAAGAAAUUACUUCUUCACAAGACCCCUAUAUUUCGAAAAUGAUGAAAACCGUCAUGCAGAGGAACGCCGAUUGGAUGAGUUGGAACGACUAGAAGGGGCAAGAAGAAGAGAAAAGGAGGAAAUUUUAGAGCAACAGAGAUUGCUGGCGGAGCUGGAAGCGUUGGAAGCACAAUACGAUCCUCCACCACCACCUAUUUAUGCAGAGAGGCUAAAUUCAAAUAGUUAUGAAAAUGUAUACCUACGGCAGGAAGCGGAAGAACGUGAAAGAGAACAAUUGUUACUGCUUGAUGAGACAUCAGGAAAAUAUGUAGAGUCAUAUUCCUUUAAUUCUGUUCUUGCAUCCACAGCAGUUCCAAUGGGAUCAGAGUCAUCUGAAUACCAAACUGCCUCUAUCAGUAGCCCAAUUGCUAGAGAAAUCUCUGAAAGAUUUUCGCAAACCUACUGGAGAGUGGAGGACUACAAUAGUGAUGGCGCUAUUGGAGCAAGAGAUAAUUAUCAUAAUCGUUAUUUCGGAAAGGCUGGCUACUUCUUGACCCGGAACGCAAUUGAAAAUCAAGCGAAUGGCAAUGACACGAUGCCAGCUGUUGAGAGACGAGCAUUAAAAAAAGAGCGGAGACGUUGGACGGAGAUUAAUGAAAGAGGAGGAAGGUAUGACAAUGUGGAGAUUCCUAUUCCUGAUACAAAUGGUCGAAGAACAAACCAUUGGGAAGAGGAAUACGAAGAACCGCUACCACCACACACCAGUGACACUUGGAGAAUGCCGAAGUGUGAGCAAAAAUGUUUGCGAUCGGAACACUCGCUAGUUGGUGGUGUUGUGGUGAAAGGAGUUGCGGUAGCAGCGGAUGUUGUUGUUGGAGCAGCCUUGGUCGUGGUUGAAUAA